AUGGCUACUGGUGCACCAGGUGGAAACUUCAGAUCGUGGACCCCAACGCCUCCUGAGCGUGGAUCCUUUCCCUUGGAUCAUGAUGGAGAAUGCAAGCAACAAAUGAUGGACUACUUAAAAUGCAUGAAAUACACUGAGAAUAAAAAUGCUCCUAAUUGUCGUAUUCUCGCCAAAAGCUACUUGAAGUGUAGAAUGGACAACCAGUUGAUGGACAACUCCGAUUGGGACUCUUUGGGACUUGUCAAUCUACCUGGAGAAGCGACUUUUGAAGUCAAGACUGACAAACCUAAGAACCAUGAUUAA